GCUAAAUUCAAACCUGCAGACGUUAGCCCCGUCGCUCGUUGACGUUAGCUUCGGUUCGCAGCCAAACGCUAGCGACAUGUAAAGUGUUUUGAGUUCGUAAACGAGUCACAACAACAACAACAACAACAACAACAACAACAUUCGCGGGGAAGCCGGAGGAACUAGCUCGUAGCUCCCGCGAGUGGAAGAUGGAGCCCCAGGAACUUGCGAAGAAAGAUGAAGGCAGUGGAUUCUCCAAGCGGCGCAUUUCCUCAAUUUUAAAAGCACCACGGAAAUCAGCCAGAUUCCCGGAACCAGAGCAACAAGAAAAUGUGGUUGAACGUGCCAAGCCGGUGGAAAAGAGGAAUUCCAGAAGAGUCAGUUUUGCUCCUGCCAACGAUGUUCUCCUGUUUUCAAAGGAUGUGAAAAAUCCCUCCCCUGCUCGAAGUCCUUUGCAAGAAUUAAUGACAGCAACAGGGGCGACCGCACAAAAUAGGGUCCAGGUGGCUGUUGCUGAAGAUGGGAUCCAACAGACCACAGCUAUGGAAACCCUCUUGAAUGCUCCUCUACACGCCUCUCAACAGGAUAAGGUCAGCUUCGACACAGUGGAAGGCUUUGGGGAGAAAACAGUGGUGUUUUCCACAGAUGAUGCCUUCAUGGACAUGACCCACAGUCAAACUAUGAUCGUGGCCAGUUACGCAGAUACUUCCCUCCAAGUCGGCGAUGCUUUACCCUCCGGUGGAGAGAAAAAGGGGAUGUUCACUGCAGAUGAUGCAUCCAUGGAUAUGUCACUUCUCCCUGCCGGAAAGAAGGAUUUAAGUGUGGAUAAGAGAAACGUAUCCUCAUCAGUGUCAAGUUUGGAUCAAGGAUUUGAAAGCUUCCUGGCAAGUCUCUCCAAACCUGGUGGUCCCUCCUCUUUAGCCACUGUAGACACAAACAUCUCCGUCGCUCAUAUGAAAACACGAAAGGCUAAUGUGGACAAAGAGAAUCUGCUCCCAGCGUCCGUUUCAGCCGUGAUGGAGAAGUCACUCAAUAAACCCAGGAAGGCAGAGGAAUCGUCUUAUGGACUCGGUCCAGACGUUGAUGUUAGCAUGAACCUGACUGAGGUUCAAACGGGACGCAUACUGUCAGUCGCAGAUGAUGAUAAUCCAUUUCAGUGUCUUUUUCCCACACAAGACAUGUACGCCCACUGCGACAAAAGAGAAUCCCAAACAGCGGAAGUGAUGAUGACCAAGUCUGACCCUAAAGAUAUGGCCUCCUCGAAGAAUCCUGCUCGAAAUGCUUCUCAGCCAAGAAGGAAGGUCAACUUUAAUGCCAGAGAUGAAUGCACAGAAAAAACGAUCAGGUUCACUGCAGGUGAUGAGUUUAUGGACAUGACUCAAAGUCACACCGUUAACAUUGCCCGUGGUCCAUUAGCUCCUCAGCCAGGGUCCACAGAUGGUUUGGAAUCAGGAUUUAAGAACUUCCUCACAGGUCUGUCGAAGCCAACUGUCCCCGGUGUUAAUCCUGGGAUUGUGAGAGUGUCGCCCUUGACUGCAGCAUCCUCUCAAAAAACCAUCAACAUGGACAGAUCCUUGUGUGAGUUAAAAACACCAAUGUCUGAUGCAGGCAAAGAAAAUUGGUCUCUGAAUACAAGCCGGAGCUGCAGAGAAUCCUCCAUUGGGGUUGAGAUCUGUCCGGGUAUUGACAUGACCAUGGAGAUGACUGAAACUCAAACAGGCCACAUUUUAGGAAUCUCUGGUUCAGACGAUCCGUUUCAGUUCCCUUUCCCAUCACAAGACAUGUAUCCACACAGUGAAAAUCUGAAGAAGGCAGAGAUGACUUCAGGACAGAAGAACAGUGAAGCACUGGGGUCAUUGAAACAUGCUGGUCUUCACACCCAGAAUAAGUUUGACCCAGAAGACGACCACAGAGAGAAGACGGUGAGGUUUUCUGCAGAUGACGCCUGUAUGGAUGUGACACGAAGUCACACUGUCAACAUCGGCACUGACUUCAGUCACAAACAUUCGGGCUCUUUGUCUUUCAAAGAUAAAACGAUACGAUUCAAUGUAAAAGAUGCAGGUAUGGACAUGACCCAGUGCCUCACGGUAAAUAUUGCUAAUAAUUUAGGAUCCGAUUCAAUUCUUCUUUCCGAGAAGAAACAAGAAAGUGAGAAACGUGGUCCCUUGAGAGACAGAUCUUCAUCAGCACACGGUUUGGAUCCAGAGUCAAAUAGUUUCCUCACCAGUGUCCCCAGUGUGGAUCCUGUGUUUGAAAGAAAGACGUCGACAGCUGCACCUUUCUCUAACAUGAGAGACUCAUCAGCUGGAGGCACAAUCUGCCCCGAAGAUGAUGUUAGCAUGGAUAUGGAUAUGACUGAGGCUCAAACAGGCCGGAUUGUAGGAAUUACACAUACAGACGAGCCUCUUCAGUGUUUUUUUCCACCACAAGACAUCUACCCCCAAAGUGGUAAUCUGAAGAAAGCAGAGAUGACUUCAGGACGGAAGAGCAGUGGAGCACUGGGGUCAUCUGAUCGUACAGGUAUGGGAACCUCAUUGAAGUCAUCUUUAAAGACAAAGGAACAAAAACCUCAGGAUGAGUUUGACCCAGAAGACGACCACAGAGAGAAGACGGUGAGGUUCUCUGCAGAUGACGCCUGUAUGGAUGUGACACGAAGUCACACUGUCAACAUCGGCACCGACUUCAGUCACAAACAUUCGGGCUCUUUGUCUUUCAAAGAUAAAACGAUAAGAUUCAAUGUAAAGGAUGCAGGUAUGGACAUGACCCAGUGCCUCACGGUGAAUAUUGCCAAUAAUUUAGGAUCGGAUUCAAUUCUUCUUUCCGAGAAGAAACAAGAGAGUGAGAAACGUGGUCCCUUGAGAGACAGAUCUUCAUCAGCACACGGUUUGGAUCCAGAGUCAAAUAGUUUCCUCACCAGUGUCCCCAGUGUGGAUCCUGUGUUUGAAAGAAAGACGUCGACAGCUGCACCUUUCUCUAACAUGAGAGACUCAUCAGAUGGAGGCACAAUCUGCCCCGAAGACGAUGUUAGCAUGGAUAUGGAUAUGACUGAGGCUCAAACAGGCCGGAUUGUAGGAAUUACACAUACAGACGAGCCUCUUCAGUGUUUUUUUCCACCACAAGACAUCUACCCCCAAAGUGGUAAUCUGAAGAAAGCAGAGAUGACUUCAGGACGGAAGAGCAGUGGAGCACUGGGGUCAUCUGACCGUACAGGUGUUGAAAAAUCUUUGAGGACCUCUUUCAAGACAACGAUGCGAAGAUCUCAGGUCAAGUUUGAUGCUGAGGACGACUGCAGAGAGGAAUCUGUGAGGUCGUCUCCAGAUGAUGCCGCUACAAAUGUGACCGACUGCCUCGAUGUACUUGUUGACAGCUCAUCAGCAUCGGAUUCAGUUCUUCCACACCAGGAAACAAACAUUACAGCUGCCCACAGGGACGUGGAUUUACAUCUAAUUGGGAAAAAGAGAGGCCGGUCUUUUUCCGCACGCAGUCUGGAUCCAGGAUUUAAAAACUCCCUCUCUGGGAUGAGUUGCCCGUGGGUUAAUCCUGUGAGAGUAGUGACUCCUGCUGGACAGCGCCCUCCAGAGGGUGCCGAUACAAAUGACCAUCUUCAAAUACAGAAGCCUGGUGUGGAUACUACAAGUGCUUUCAUGGAGAAGUCACAAAACAAAACCAUGACUGACUUUACAGAAAUUGACCAGAGCAUGGAAAUGACUGAAGCGCAAACCGGCCGCAUUUUUGGACAAAGCUGCACAGAUGAACUCCCUCAAUGUUUUACUUCAUCACAAGACUCGGACCUCAAGUUUGAGCUUUCACAGCAAACGGAGGCAAAGUCACGACAGAGCGAUGAAGCUGCGUCUGUGGAAAUCACAAACUCAACAGAAUCUGUUGACUCAUUCGAAAUCGUGACCAGGAAAGAACCCGAACCACGGAAUGAAAAUACUUCAUCACAAAAGACGGAAGAUGGAAGUUCCCUCAGUGCCGUUGACCAAGACUUGGAUACGUUCGGUUCACGGACGUCUAGACGAAUUAGUUUAGCCGAUAUCCAGUCAAAGGUCAAGCGAUUGAGCCACAUGAUAAACACGGCUCCCGGCGCUUUCGUCGUGGAAAGCUGCACAGAAACGUUGCCUCAUUUUGACGACGACUUGGACAAAACCUCAAAAGACAAAACCAAACCCCUGCCUGCAGUGGAGCCUGAACUCCAAAUGAGUUUGGAGAACAAUGAAGAGGAAACACAAGAUCAGUAUCUUACCCGAGGAGGAGAGUCCCCAGCUGCUGCCACUCCGUUCAACUUGAAGACUAAACAGCUAAUGUCGAGACUGUCGAUGGGAGGGUUCAAACCCAAACUCCCUCAAAUAGGCAGACCCAGUGAUCCAAAGGUGCUGAAUUGUGCAGGAGAGCACACGAAGACCAUGACUGUUAACGUCACCAAUCAACUGAGUGACGUUGACCACGAUGUGAGCGAUAUAUUCGACGAAGAGCUCGACAGCUCUGAGGAUGUGUCCGAUACGCUGAACCCGAAAAGUCCCAAGAAAAUCCCUGAAAAAGUGAGUCAUCAGCAGGAGGCCGACGUGGAGCUUCUAGAGGAAGACGUGUUUGAGGAGGACUUCAUCAGUGCGGUCCAAGGGAAGAAGAGACCUUUACCAAAUGAUGAGAACAAUAUGGAGGAUGAGAAGAGGAGGAAAGCCUCCACCGGGGAGGCCGAUGACAUCAAUGAUAUGGAAUCCCAGUCUCAUUUUGAGGAGUCUGAUGGAAACCUCACUUCGGCUCCAACCAUGACGACACACACCACCGACUGCUCCAGCAGCAGCCACACAGCCAGCGUCCGGUGUGAAGCUACAUUUGAGUCAACUUUUAAACACAGUAUGUAUGAGUCUCAGCUUGAAGACUACACAAGUGAUGCACAAACGAAAUUGGCGGACGGCACCAUUACAGUGUUGGAGUUCUUGAAACUCUUCAACAUAGACUUUGUCAUCCACAAUCCUCGGCAAAGUAUCCUUCCUGGCAGAAUUUUGUCCGACACAGAACGCACAGAAAUGGACGUACUGAGAGAAAGACACAUCUGUCGUCCUAAACAGACGGUGUACGAGACAGACGUCCUGAGCCUCACAGAGAAGGUGGAGGGGUUGAAGGUUCGAUUGCAGGACCUUGACAAACCUCUGAAGACGAUGAAUCAACCUUUGUGGGACGAGAUGAGAAAUUCUUCAGAGAAAGAGCUCAAAUCUUUUGGUUUAACACUGAAAGAGAGAAACAGCUUCUUCCGAAAGACCAGCAAAGUUCUGUCACAUGAAAUGAAGGAGGUCCUCUACUCAAAUCUCGUGCAGGCGAAUCUGGAGGAGCAGCAGAAGUUGAGAGGAACCAUCGAGGAAGCAGAUGAAAUGAUAAAAAGCCUGGACGACUGUAUUUGUGACAUGGAAGCAGAACUCGCUGCAGUUGAAGAAAAAGGCUUCGAUGGGAAACCAAGUCUGAAAUCACGUCAGGAAGAGAUGAAGAAAGUCACUGAAGCUUUGGCCGACAAUGACAGACAAGUGGCUGAACUGGAGCUGCAGAAGAAGCAGAAUUCCAGUAAACUCAACAGGCUGCAAACUGAGACGAGGAACCUGGAGAGCCACAUCACCGCGAUGCAUAUGGUCAACGAAUGGAAGCUUGGAGAGAAGCAGGAGAACGGCUCCGUCUACACAUUUCUCCAUGAGACCAUGCAUCUGCAGCUGGUGUAUGAAAAAUCAAAAGGAACCGAUGCUGAUCAUCAGACCGAGAGGAAAAUAUCUCACAUCAACUUCAAACUUCAACUUAACGACGAGAAGUCCCGGUGCCACGCCCGCCUCGUCCACAAGCUGCUCGCUCACUACGUGGACAGCGAAGCCUCCUGGGUGGAGAAGUACCCAACGAGCAGACACGUGCCAACGCUGCUCCAUGACGUCGGCCUGGUGGUGAGUCGCUGUCGUCUGCUGGGAGAAGAGCUGCGUCUGCUGAGAAUGUGGGGGGGUCUACAACUGGAUAUUCUGGACAUCAGCUGUGAGGACACUCGGGUUCACAUCGUCUUCAGCAGCCUCAAGAAACUUUCCAAGUUCAAGGUGGUUUUCUCCGUCGGUUUGAUCGACCAACUCUGUGUCGUUCAAGUCGAGAGCUUCGACAACGUGAUCGGAAGCACUGGGAUGCAACAGAUCGAAGAGGUAGUGGCGUCGUUCAUUCCGACAAAGAACCUCCUGACGAAGAUCAUCAAAAAGAUUCACGAUCACCUUCUGUGUUGAGACCAGCAGCAGCAGUGGCUGUUUUCCACCGUGCGUUCGGUCGUCAUGAAGCAAACACGCCUGUUUAACAUUUCACUGUUUUACUACAAGUCGUUACAGUUGGUUAGAAAUACAAAAGGUUGUACAUCUGUCACGUGUUGUUCCAGCUCUGUUCUGUCGUAUACAUAUGUAAAUACUUUUCAUGUUGUUUUGUUCUCACUGUAAAUCAGUCUCUUUAAUCUCUUUCAAGAUUUUCAUUAAAAAAAAUAUCCUUAUCAA